GUUUGUUGUUGCAUUCUGUUUUUUAUUUACCUUCAACACAGCUGUGUAUUUAAAAUCUAAAUUUCUUCUUAUUUACCUUACAGUGUUURCAGUUGUUGAGUAUGAGGGUGCACUGGUGCACGCUGGGGGUGACCGCCCUGCUGCUGCUGGGGGAGAUCAUCGUCAGUCAGCUGUGUACGUCCCUCAUCACCAUGAUAGAUGGUUUCCACACAAUCAUCAUCAUCAUUCACAUGACCCUCCUUCACCCUCGGACCGCGAACAUCAUCAAACCUGUUCCUCCUUCAGGAGCACCUCCUCCUCCACCGCGCCAUGAUCCAGCCUCACCUCCGCCCUCAGAGGCGUCGUCUCUGGAUCAGUUCUCACACAGGCCCUCCUCUGCUGCAGCUCCAAGCUGUGCUCGGCCCUUCCCCAGCAGCAGGAUCCCGGCCGUGGGUGUUUUCAUUUCUGCGCUCCUCCUGGUUUCGCUGUGCUUCUCGUACUUCUUGGAAAUCGUGGGCCACAUGCUGGAGCCCCACCCGGUGCAGCUGCCCCUGCUGCCGGUGGUGGUGGGAGCCGUCGGUCUGCUCUGGAAGACUCUGCUGUUUGUGCUGAACUGGGAUCAGCUGAAGGAUGGAAGGACGAAGAGCUGCAACCAGAUCMAAAACGAUGUUCUCACAGUUUGGUUUGGAGAGGAGUCUCAAGGCCAGGUGGAAGAAAAACACAUCGUCCAGUCGAAGGCUCGGUCUGCUGCACACCAGGCUCUCAGCGGCGGGGCGCUUGUCUUCUGUAAUCCAGGAGCUUCCAGCACAGCCAGAACUGAAAACCAGCAGAAACAACAAAACGUUCAGAGCCGUGCUGCAGAUCUCAGCUCUGAGAGUGGCUCUGAACACAAACAAAGCCAGGGACAACCAGGUGACAAAGAUGCGUCAAACGUCUCCUCCUCCUCAGUCUGCCUCCUGCCCUCUGUUUUUCUCAUCCAGGGACUCUUCACGUCUCUCCUGGCUCUGACCAGCAGCCUGCUGAUGCUGUUCGUUGUCCCUCAGCUUCUGCACACCUCAGGGGUCCACAGGGUCCUGGUUUACCUGGAUCCUGGCUUCUCCCUGCUGGCUGUCAUCACACUGAUCACCACGACCGCACCGCAGGUGUACAGGUACGGCCUGCUGCUGCUGCAGGCCUCACCGCCUCACAUAAACCUGUCUGAUCUCARAGGGAGGAUCGCCAGGGUGCCCAGCGUGCAGGAGGUGCACGACCUCCACAUUUGGCAGCUAACCCAAUCUGUGAUGGUGGCCUCUGUACACGUGCACUGUUGCCCCAGCUUUCCAGCCCACAGGUGUGCUGAUCUGAUGUCAGGGGUCACUGCAGUGCUGCAGGAUGUGGGGGUGAGCUGCUGCACCGUUCAGCCAGAGUUUCCCUCCUCCUCCCCUCCACUCCCGGUCUGCAGCCUCUCCUGUGGGGCGUCCUGCGCUGCCAGCAUGUGCUGCUCUCUGUUGGAGGACAAGGCCUGGACACACCUGAGACCACCGGCCGGGGACWCUCUGGUUCCUCUAAAUAUCGGUUUUGACCAAAGUUUGUUUGAAGGCGAAAAACAAAAUGGUCAUUCUAGUUAACAGACUCCGGUUACAUCUUUUGUAAACCUCUUUAUCCUCAAACAUGAAUAAAAUAGUGCUUUUCAUUCGA